AUGUUAAAAUUGGAUGUCAUCGAGGAGUCAAAGAGUGAGUGGGCAAGUCCGAUAGUCUUAAUACCAAGGCAAGACGGACAAAGGACACACAUACAGCUCUUCAAAAGAUGUGGAUUUUCAAUGGAGUGCAAUAGAGCUGGGACCAUCACUAGUGCCCAGAAGAGCAUAUCCAAAAACACCACCUGCUGUCAUUCUGACCACUGUAUUUCUCCAAUGCCAACCUUGCCCUCAGAAAACAAUGAAACCAAUGGACUCAUCUGUGAAUCCUGUUAUCUUAAAGAAUACGGUAGCUGCUCUGGUAAAGAUCACAUCGCUUGUACCGGGAACGCAACACAAUGUAUUUAUUACACAGAGAGAGUGAAAGAUGGGAAUUUUACAAGCAGAGAAGUCUUACAUGGUUGCACCCACCCCAGUUUAUGUGAAAAUGAAGAUAUAACGGUGACCUAUGAUGAUAAAAUCAUACAGGAAAAUAAACUAUGUAGAAUUCCAUCAAAAAGUAGCAAACAUCUUCCAAACAUCCUAUGUGCAAUUGUCUUGUUUGUGAUGUGGUCAAAGUUAAUGUAG